AUAUCUAGUAAGUCUGGAACACCGGGUAGAACCAGUUGCUGUGAUGAAUUUUCUUAAGGAAAUCCUUUGGAUACCCAUUCUCCUCGCCAACAUAGAGCUAGUCACCUCCAGUUGGUGGAAUUCCUCAGCCCACUACUUGCAUGCAAGGCCUCCGGUGAAAACGGUGAAUAACAAUGGCUUGAGGACGACGGAGGGUGGCCAUGUGGGCUCCUGGCUGCUGAGGAUCAUGGACGGCGAUAAGUUCGUCUGCGGCGCCUCCUACUACAGUGCUCUCUACGCCCUGAGCUCGGCGAACUGCCUGCACAGCCAGAGGUCGAGGCUGCCAUCACUCAGUGUGGAGUUCCUCACGCCGGACCUCCAGCAGGAGGAUCAGGAGGACUCGGAUGCCCGCUCCUUCGCGCUCAUCCGCAAGGUUGUCACAUCGAACGAAUGGCGCUGGCCGGAAACCUUCAUGGAUGUGGCUGUGGUCAAGCUGAGCCACCGCCUGCGUGGCAAUCUGAAAGAUUUCGUGAAGCUCUGCACCAAGCCGCUGAGUUCGUACCAUGUCCUCUCAGUGGUCUCCUGUGGAGCAGGACUCACGGAAGACGUGAAAACUGAAGGAGUCACCGUGCUCAACCGCCUGGACUGCGAGUCCCAGUACGGCAGUGUGAUCCUGGGCGAAACUGUGGCCUGUGCCAAGGAAUCCAAGACCAUGCCCGGUUGCAUGUUUAGCCCCGGAUGUCCGGUGACCGCUGGAGAUGAGCUCUGUGGGAUCGUGGCCUGGGGUCCUGCCUGCAAGAGACGCGGAAUGCCGGGGAUCUUCACCGAUGUCCACCAGGUUCAAGGGUUUAUCUCGAGGGCGAUCACUGGAAGGGGCAGGGUCAGUGGUAGUGGCCACCGGAAAGUCGAGUCAAAUGAUGUUCCAGCGUGGCACUCGGGCUUCUGGAUAAGCCGAUAAAGUAAAUUUGAAAAUAUUUUCUUUUCUUUCACAAAACGUAAGAAUUUGUAUGAUUCAAAUAAAUCAAGUAAUCGUGUAUAGACCACGUUGAAUAUUUUA